AUGCGGGCCGCUCCUAUCGUCGUCCUCAACCAAAAUACUAGGCGUGAGCACGGAAGAGAUGUUCAAUUAGGCAAUAUUGAUGCCGGGAAGACAGUGGCUGAUGUCGUGCGUACUUGCUUGGGGCCUCGAGCCAUGUUAAAGAUGCUGCUGGAUCCAAUGGGAGGAAUAGUUAUGACAAAUGAUGGCAAUGCGAUUCUCCGCGAGAUCACUGUCGAACAUCCGGCUGCGAAAUCUAUGAUCGAGAUUGCCAGGACUCAGGACGAAGAAGUUGGUGAUGGCACGACGUCCGUUAUUGUUCUCGCUGGUGAGGUGCUUUCUGCAGCGAUUCCCUGUUUGGAAAAACAAAUCCACCCAACAAAAAUCAUUGCGGCUUUUCGCCAGGCCUUAGAAGAUAUCACUACAGCGAUCGAUUCUAAGUUUAGCGUUCCAAUUGAUGCGAACAACCACGAGGCUAUUGUAAAUCUCGUCAAAAGCUGUGUGGGAACUAAGUUAAUCAACAAAUGGGUCGAUUUGGCGUGCAAGUUGGCCAUAGAAUCCGUCAAAGUUGUUACAGUUGUCGAUGGUGGUCGUAAGGUAAUCGAUACAAAGCGUUAUGCCAAAGUCGAAAAGAUCCCUGGAGGCUCAAUCGAGGAAUCAUGCGUUUUGGAUGGGGUUAUGUUUAACAAAGAUAUAUUGCAUCCCAAAAUGAGGAGGCGUAUUGAAAAGCCACGCAUUUUAUUACUUGAUUGUAGCCUGGAGUAUAAAAAAGGCGAAAGUCAAACAGCUAUGGAAAUUUCUGGCGAAAAAGAUUUUACUCGUGCUCUUGAAAUUGAAGAGGAGUAUGUCAGUAAGGUUUGUGAAGACAUUAUCCGCUUCAAACCCGACGUUGUUAUCACGGAAAAGGGCGUAAGCGAUUUAGCCCAGCAUUUCUUGGUGAAAGCAGGUAUCUCAGUUAUCCGCAGACUUCGUAAAACUGAUUGCCUCCGAAUUGGACGUUGCACUGGUGCUACCAUUGUUAGCCGUACGGAUGAAAUUAAAGAGGAAGAUAUCGGUACUCGGGCUGGUUUGUUCGAAGUGAAAUUAAUCGGUGAUGAGUACUUUACUUACAUUACUGGAUGCAAAGACCCUAAAGCUUGUACUAUUCUACUCCGUGGUGCCAGCAAAGACGUUCUUAACGAAAUUGAGAGAAAUUUGCAAGAUGCAAUGUCAGUUGUACGGAGUGCCUUUAUGGAUCCACGAUUGGUCCCUGGUGGUGGAGCGCUAGAGAUGGCUUUGGCCCAAGAGCUGGGUCAGAAAGCGAAAUCUGCUGUUUCUGGUGUACAAAAGGUUGCAUACCUUGCUGUUGCUCAGGCCUUGGAAGUUAUUCCUAGAACCUUGGCUCAAAAUUGUGGCGCUAAUGUUCUAAAACAAAUAACAGAACUUAGGGCUUAUCAUGCUAUUGAUCCCGCAAAGAACUGGACCAUGGGCAUUAAUGGUGAAACAGGUCAGCUUGUGGAUAUGAAGGAACUGGGUGUCUGGGAUCCUUUGGCCGUUAAAUCUCAAGCCUUCAAAACCGCUAUCGAGACGGCAAUUUUGCUUCUGAGAAUUGAUGACAUUGUGUCCGGCACAAAAAAAGCUUCCGAUGCUGAUUCGAAGCCUUGA